AUGGAAAUAUACGCCAACGGCUCAGCGACAAUAUCAGCUAUAUUCUGUAUGAAAACCAGCGGUAUGAAGUCUGGUGUCACAGACGUAGACUUAGGCCAACGCAUGAUCCGUUCAUACAGCUGA